AUGGAGCCCCAAGUAGGAGCCAUGGCUUGCGUGGCAGCGGCUGCUUUAGCAAACAGUUGCUUUGUCUUCACCGCUCACUGGUACGCCUCUCUCCUAGCGCGCCUGCAUCUCAACGCCUUCCGCCUCGCGCCGCUCCUCUCUGUCACCACCACUGCAGCAGCGGCUGACCACUCUCUCUUCGACUCAACCAUGCCAGACGGCAUCUUGCUCUCCUCGGCUGCACUCUUUCGAGCAGCGAGUGCAGCAGUGACGGGCGACGAGGCGGUCGGUACGGGGGUGUACCUCCUUCCUUCCUUGUUCAACCAUGACUGCGACCCCGAUCUGGACAUCUCAUGGCCCACUGACGCUACAGCCUCUACUGUAUUGCUCCUCUUGUUCUCUGUAUCUCCUGCUGCUGUAUCUCCUGCUGCUGCUGCUGCUGCUGAUGAUGAUGAUGAUGAUGAUGAUGAUGAUGAUGAUGAUGAUGAUGAUGAUGAUGAUGAUGAUGAUGAUGAUGAUGAUGAUGAUGAUGAUGAUGAUGAUGAUGAUGAUGAUGAUGAUGAUGAUGAUGAUGAUGAUGAUGAUGAUGAUGAUGAUGAUGAUGAUGAUGAUGAUGAUGAUGAUGAUGAUGAUGAUGAUGAUGAUGAUGAUGAUGAUGAUGAUGAUGAUGAUGAGGCUGAUGCUGAUGAUGCUGAGGCUGAUGCUCCUGCUGCUCAUUACCGACCGUAUCUGCCACCCCACAUGCCCAUACCUCCAGGAGAGCACCUCACAAUAACGUACCUGGACAGCAGCCUCGGGAGGGAGGCUCGGCAGAGGCAUCUGAAAGGGGCGUAUGGGUUUCACUGCACGUGCCAGCGCUGCCAGCAAGGGGACCUGUAG